UCUUCAACCCACAUUGUGGAAUGGAGAUUACUUUACAUACUAGAAUCGGUACAACAAGAUCUCCUAUCCUUCACAGAUCCCCGGAGCCCAUUCUUUGGCCUCAAAACCAGACACGAAAAUCAAUUAUCUGUGCAAGAAACCAUAGAAGGCGAUCUGGGUUGCAAAGAUCGACGAAAUCCGCACUGAAGUCAAUCGCAUUCAUCGCAUCGAAUCUUGGAAUUUUACCAGAACCAUUUAAUUUGGUCAUCAGAGAAUUCGGUAGCGGAAAUGGUGGGGGUGUACGUUUUAGGAGGGGUUUUGGAGGGGGAGGUUUUGAGGGAUGGAGGAGGAGGAGGAAAACAAACGUAAGGUUUUUUGUGUUGGUUAUGGCUUGUGGCUUAGGGCUGUGGUUGAUAUUAGGGGAAGAAUUGGAUGCAGAUUUGUUUUUGGGGGCCUUGGGAUUUACUCUUUUUGGGGCUUCAAUGUAUGGAUGGAAGAGCAGAAUAGAACAUUGGGUUUUAGGGUUUUGUUGUUGUGCUGUUUUCGUGGUUUUGAUGCUGAGGAGAGAGAAGGGAAUGAGAUUGGUUGAGAGGUUCAGAGGCUGCCCCCCUGCCAUGGGGAUCGCAAAAAGAAGAAAAAGAAAAAGAGCAUUGUAACAGUGAAAUUUUUUCUAUUUUUUUGUCUUGCAUCAGGCAAUGUAAUGAUCGCAUUUUUAAGCUGUUAUAACCGAGACGAACUCUUGAUUAGAUGAUUAUUAAUAUAUAAUUUCAAAUGGAUCGCGGACAUUGUGCUUGAGCAUUACGUAUAUAAAUUGCAAUUUCGGUCUUGUCUAAGUUACCUUGCGAGGACAAGGAGGCUGGUUCUCAAUUUCAUGUCUUUCAUUAGCAAAUUUCUUUCUUGAAUUUCAUUUACUCAGUAGAAAAAUUCUUAAAGGUGAUAUUUAUUGCGGAUUCUUGCUGGUCAUUAUAAAGGUUACCGCCUCAUUUUACACGCCCCCAGUGAUAUCCUCUACAUAUAUACAAAGCUUAUGGCGUUGGUAUUUCCAAAUUCCAAAUAGAUAAGAGGAUCAUGAAGAAACAGUACAGACACAUUCUCUCUUUGCUCGAGAAUUGCAAAUCUAUGGGGGAGCUGAAACAAUUACAUGGGCUGAUGAUAACUACCUCAAUUAUCCGAAGCAUAAUCCCCUUGAGCAGGCUUAUUGACUUCUGUGCAAAUUCUGAUUACGGAAACGCCAAAUAUGCAGAGUUGGUUUUCCACCAAAUCGAUCAGCCUAGUGUUUACAUUUGGAACUCCAUGAUCAAAGGUUACUCUAAUAGCGACAACCCAGAUGGGGCCUUAGCAAUGUACACAGAAAUGCAGCGAAGGGGUUACCCACCUGACAAUUUCACGUUCCCUUUUGUGCUCAAAGCGUGUUCAGCGAUAGCUGACUGCAAUAAUGGGAGCUGCAUCCACAGUCGCAUUGUGAAAACUGGGUUUGAAUUGGAUAUGCAUAGUUCUACAGGUUUACUGAACAUGUACGCAUCUUGUGCUGAUAUGGAAGCAGGAUUGAAAGUGUUUGACAUUAUUCCCAAAUGGAAUGUGGUUACUUGGACUAGUUUGAUUGCUGGGUAUGUUUACAACAAUCAGGCUAUGGAGGCUAUAAGGGUGUUUAGGAAUAUGGAGCUUUGGGAUGUAAAGCCUAAUGAAAUUACACUGGUGAAUGUUCUUGUUGCUUGUGCUCGAAGCCGGGAUACAGUGAUGGGAAGAUGGGUUCAUGAUCGUGUUUGUCAAAUGGGAUAUGAUCCGUUUUGGUCGACUUUGAAUUUUAAUAUAAUUCUUGCAACUGCUAUUUUAGAUAUGUAUGCAAAAUGUGGCAGCUUCAGGACUGCAAGAGAUUUGUUUGACAAAAUGCCUCAAAGAAAUUUAGUUGCUUGGAAUUCCAUGAUUGGUGCUUAUAAUCAAUAUGGUCGGGCCAACAAAGCAUUGCAUCUCUUUUUUGACAUGCAGAUUGCUGGGUUUCAUCCAGAUAAAGCCACAUUUUUGAGUGUGAUUAGUGCUUGUACCCAAAUGGAGGCUCUUAUGUUAGGGCAAAGUUUCCAUGCUUAUGUAUUGAAAAACAACAUUGGUGAGGAUAUUGCUAUUGGCACUGCUCUGCUGGACAUGUAUGCCAAAACUGGGGAUGUAAGAAGUGCUCAACAGAUUUUCAGUGAGCUGCAAAAGAAAGAUGUUUUGGUGUGGACUAGCAUGAUCAUAGGCUUGGCUACACAUGGACAUGGUGAAGAAGCACUAAACGUUUUUGAUAGAAUGCAAGAAGAUGGUGCUUUUGUUCCUGACCAUAUCACAUAUAUUGGGGUUCUUUGUGCUUGUAGCCAUGCCGGAUUGGUUGAAGAAGGUCAUAGACACUUUAACUCGAUGAGAAAUAUUUAUGGUAUAGUGCCAACAGUAGAGCACUAUGGUUGCAUGGUUGAUCUUUUGAGUCGAGCAGGCUGCUUAGGUGAGGCAGAGAAUUUAGUAGAAAAGAUGACGAUGGAACCCAGCAUUGCAAUCUGGAGUGCUCUUUUGAAUGGCUGUAAGAUUCAUGAAAAUGUUGUAUUAGCAAACCGAGUCAGAGGCCAUAUAACAGAGUUGGAACCUCACAGUAGUGGAAUUUAUGUGCUUCUUUCUAACAUAUAUGCUGGGGUUGGUAUGUGGUUAGAAGUUGGAAAGACUAGGGAUUUAAUGAGGCAUGGAAGGAUCCCAAAAGAUUGUGGCGGCAGUUCAGUUCAAACAAAGAUGCUUAGCUCAUAAUUGUAUUUUUAUACUAGAACAGAAUAACAUGUUAAUUUGUUUGGUUCCUUUUCUUCAUUUCCCUGUCAUCGCGUAAACAGCCUAAUUAUGUGUGACUGAUAAAAUUCAUUUUGCAAACUGUAAAGUUAAUACUGAUUGCUUCAAAUCCUUGACUUGGUUGAGCAUAAAAUGCUGGAUUUCUUUUGAA